AUAUAAAAACAUACAGCCCUCCCUUCGCCAUCGUGUGUUGUACGCCUGAGUCGACUUCUCACCAUGUCUUCUCAUAAGACUUUCAGAAUCAAGCGAUUCUUGGCCAAGAAACAAAAGCAAAAUCGUCCUAUUCCUCAGUGGAUUCGGAUGAAAAUCGGUAACAAAAUCAGGUACAACUCCAAGAGAAGACACUGGAGGAGAACCAAACUGGGCCUGUAAGAAUUCACACAAUGG